UAAUAAGCAAUUUAAAAAAUUUUUAUUUUAUACUCAAGAAAGAGACAGCGAUGUGAAAGAAGAAAUACGAGACAGAGAAAAAAGCACUGAUUACGGCCGUAGUCGUUCUGUACCAAUCAGUUCGUGGAGAGAUUCUGAUCGGAAUUCACCACGAAUAAGUAGAAGCGAUUGGGAUUCCACUCCAACAAGAUCGAGCACACCACGAUUCUCUGGUGGUGGUCUGACUCCUCGAAAAGAAUAUCAACCUAUGAGGGAUUUUCCAACUCCUCGACUUGCAACGUUUGAUUAUGAUGAGUUGGAUUUUGCAUUUAAACAAGACGGUGAAGACAUAAAUGAAGAUAAUGAAAGACAUCAGUGGGAAGAAGAACAACGGCAACUGGAUCGUGACUGGUACAGCAUGGAAGAGUCUGGAGCAAUGGACGAUACGCAUAAUCCUUUUGCUGACUAUUCGGAUUUUGUUGAGAAAAAAGAGAAUGAGCUUGCCCAGAAACAGCUUAAAAAACUUACCGCAAGGCAAGAACAAUAUAACAAAGAUAAUGAACUCUGGGAAACAAACCGUAUGCUUACUUCCGGUAUCGUGCAAAGGAAAGAAAUUGAUUUGGAUUUCGAUGGUGAUUCGGAAGCACGUGUGCAUUUAUUAGUACAUGAUAUUAGACCACCAUUUCUUGAUGGUCGUACGGUUUUCACAAAACAAUUGGGAACUGUACAAUCUGUCAAAGACCCCACUUCCGAUUUAGCUGUCUUCUCUAGGAAAGGGAGUCAAUUGGUAAAAGAAAAGAGAGAACAAAUAGAACGUCAAAAGGCUGCUAAGAGUGUUGUAGAUGUUGCAGGCACUGCCUUGGGUAACAUUAUGGGUGUCAAAGCUCCCGAUGAAGAUUCUGCAG